AGAUCUCGAUGCCAUUCUGACAUCGGCAUCUUCUUCCAUCACCGUCCUAUCCUCAAUAAAAUUCGAAAAACCACACCCAAAAGUUACCGUAGCAGGGGUUGCAGCAGGGAGCUUAUAACUCGUAUUUAAGAAAGUCUCCAGAAGACAAAGAGACCAUCACGACAUAUUCAACGAAUCGGCAGAAAUGCAAAAUGAAACACCUUCCUAUGCCCGACUAAAAAACGUGGUUGGACGAAGUGGAGUUACUGUUAACGGAAUUGCACUUCAUCACGCGUCUGACACAUUGCUUCAAGUUGCUGGAAGCUCCAUUAUUGUCAGCUCAACAGCAUCACAUGAUAGAUUCGAAGGACAUCUCAUCUCACAAACGAAACAACAGUUCACAUGUGUAGCUGUUACAUCUUGCGGAAAAUAUGCUGCAACUGGAGAGACAGGACAUCAACCAGCAGUUCGUCUCUGGCAACUUCGUGAUGCACAAGGCAAUUUUGUGGGUCGGCUGGUCCGAUCAAUGCAAUCACAUACAGUAUCUAUCACAAUUGUCCGAUUCACACCAGAUGACAGCACGUUAAUAUCCAUUGGAUGCCAGCACGAUGCUCAAAUUUUUACAUGGGAUUGGAGAACUGGUCACGACCUUGGAGUUGGGAAACUAAUGUCUCCAGUUAAUGCAUUAACUAUUUCAUUUGACAGCAGCAUGUGUGUGACUGUUGGAAGUAAAUCUGUCAAGUAUUGGUUUUUACCAUUAGCUUCAGAUGGAAUGAACAAGCGAACAGGGUUAACGAGUCGAUCAGCUAUCCUAGCUGAUAAGAGAAACGUUAAUUUUGUGGAUGCCGCAUUCUGCGAUUCAACGAACCGAAUGGUGACGGUAACAUCUAGUGGAGAAAUUCUAGAAUUCAAUGGAAAUAAAAAGUAUGUCAAAUGUUAUACAUGGAAAGAGAGCGGAGAUUUCAAGGCAAUUUGCAUUGCAAGAGUUCCAGAAGGGCUACUGGUUGGUUGCUCUGAUGGUCUUGUUAGAUUAUUCUGUCUCAUUGGAGAUGAUUUGGAUUUUCUAGCUGAUCUGGCACCACCUACCCAUUUAUUUCAAGAUCCAUCAAAUGUCUAUGAUCCACAACAACUGCAAAAUCAUCCAGAAGACGCCAUAUUUCCGGAACCGCGAUGUCUUGUUGCUUCUUCGUCCAGUCCAACAUUCGUCGUUGGAUAUGCUGAUCGAUCACUGAUCGAGUUUGCACGAGAAAACAAAUCAUGGUCAUUCCGAAGAGCAAGUCUUGGGCAUACAGGAUCUGUGAACUGCAUUGAACCAUUCCCAUCUUCUUCUCCGUGUUUACCAAUUGGAACUCUUAUUACUGGUGGAUCGGAUGGAACAAUCCGUUUUUGGAACUUUAACGGGGAUAGUGAGGAUAAAAAAGAAAUCGCGAAUAUCCUUUGCCCAUCUCUUCUUAAAGUUAUUUUCUUGGAUGAAAACCCAGAUUUAUUAGUUGAUAAGAGGAAUUUGGAAUCAGUUGGUCCGUCAAACGAUGAAAAUCAGUCUGCAUCAUCUUCAGGAGUACUCUGUACACGUGUAUCUCAUGAUGGGAGAAUGCUGAUAGCUGGAACUGCAACUGGAAUGCUCUAUAUCGUUGAUUUAUCCUUCUCCGACACUCCAAUUAUUGAUGUGAUAAAUGCUCACGAUCAUGAUGUCACUUCUAUUGAUUUUUCUGAUCAUGCUAGCACAUCUUCACAUGAUCAUCCAAUAUUCUUAGCUUCUGGUGGAAGAGAUCGAUUUGUUCACGUAUUUAGAAGAAUUCCGUAUAGUUCACAAUUUGUGCAUUGUGCUGUUCUAGAUGGACAUCAGUCUGCCAUAAAGUCAAUCAAAUUUGCUUCGAACAACGGUCAACUUCACCUGUACACAGCAGCCUCUGAUCGAAGUUUAAUAAUCUGGAAACUGAGUUCAUUCAGUGAUCAACACUGCGAAUUCACAAGAGUUCAGAUGAUAUCAGUAGCUUCAAGCAUCGGCGAUAUGAAUUUCAUUAAGCACGUUGAUUUAUUUGUGGUUGCUGGUCAUGAUCGAAUGCUCAGACAAUUUGAUAUAAAUGGAAAAACAGUUCGAGAAGUUAAAGGAACUGAUGAUGACGUGGCACACAGUGGAAAGAUUUUGAAAGUUGCCAUCGAUCAUUCAGGAUCUUAUGCAAUAUCAGUGUGUUCUGAUAAAUUUGUGUAUGUUACUGAUUUAAGAUCAGGCGUCUGUCUAGCAGUUCUUUGCGGUUUCGGUGCUCCUGCAACUGACGCAACGUUCUCUGAUGAUUUCAAAAAUGUAAUUGUAACUACAUCGAAUGGAUCAAUAUUUAUUUGGCAACUGGCAAAGAAUUUAACGGAGCGAAUGAUUUCUGCACAAGUUCGAUUAAUGGAAGAAGUAACCAUGAGAACUGCCACCCCAGACAGUCUUCUUGGAAGUGGAAGUGAAACUAUCAGCGGAGAUUCAAACUCUUUCGGUCGACCUUUGGGUGCUCCUGAGUUUUCAGGAAGCUCAGCGUCUUUGUAUUCAGACGACGACGAUUCAACACGAUUUUCUUCUUCAGUAAGAAGCAGUCGUACAAAACGAAUUCUUCCAAACGGCGGGCAUCUGAUUGGCGAUUCGAGCUACGCACGUGUUGGUGAUAGUUCAUUCUCACCGGCAGUCCAGUCUGCUCCAGCAGUCGAACGACGGACCCAUACCAACUUAUUCUCGCACGACCAAUACGAAACUGACGUCUCCGAAACACAGUCAGAUUUUGUAUCAUCGAGAAGAAAAACCCGACUGUUCUCGGACGAAGAUCAAGACUCAAACCUCGGAAGUGCGCAGUAUCUUGCUGCUCCAAUCAACGAGGAUCGUCGUUCAGCAUCUCCAUCAUUGUAUCCUCCUCAAGAUCAACUCAGAGGUUAUCAAAGCAGUAAAUCAAUGAUGAACUUACGAGACGUAACUGGCGGAGGUGUCCGAGUACAGACAGCCAAAGAACUCAUGAUGUCGCAGAUUGCCUCUCAACGCAAUUCGCAGUCUGGAUCCUCCUCCCACUUGUCAUCAACGAACACAUCUGGACGAAUGAAAUGGGGAGACAUGCCGCAGCAAUCCAAUAAUAACGACUGGCAUCCAUCCUCAACUGUAGAUAUUCAUCACGUAUCACCAGUUAUGGCUACCUCAAUGAUUCCUCCACAAACACAACAUCAAUAUGGAUAUAGAGAUCAUGGAACCUCCUACCCUAUGCCUGACUCAACUCAUCCUCCACCACUUGCACCACGAACAACAUCUCGAGUUUUAUCAACGGCUCCAUCACAACAAGCUCUUCAACAAAUUCAAGCAUCAAGUCCAUUCCGUCGAAAGUCGAUGGAUCGAAACAGUCUUUCCAGAAGGUUCCUUGAAAAUGGUGGAGCUCAGCCAAAAACAGUUUGGAGCCCAUCUGCUCUUGCUAAUCAGGGAGCUCCGCGAAGAAGUAACUCGAAUCUAUUUGCUGCUACAAAUCUAGAAGUUCCACCAACUUCCACAAAUUUAUCCAGAAGACACACAGAUAAACAACCACAGAAACUUCGGUUUACGACCACCGUUCAAACGCGCGAGAUAUCUCUUGAUGAUGAAGUUGUCGAAUCAGAUGAUGACGCUAUCACUUCAACAACUUUUGAGCCAAAAUACAAAAAUAGAAUAGGAUAUCGACGACCUAGUACUGUAACAGUAGAUACUCGUGAUGCAGAUGUUGCAAGAAGAAGGGUAGCUGGAACAUCAUUCAAGAAAUCUGAUAGAGCAGAUGAUCUCAAUUUCGCCUCCUCACUCCGCAGUCGAAGCCAGAGUCCAAAUAAGUUUGCACUCAGCCAAAUGAUCAACUCACGAGAUACACCUUCAAGCCCAUCUUCCACAACUGGAAGUUCAAUUGUUGGUAGAAAUCUACAACAGAGGCGACGUGGUUCAGAUGUUUCGUAUGUUCGAUCAGCGACACGCGGUAGAGAUGAAAUGAGAAAAAGUACGGAUGCAUUGAAUAAACUUAUGGCUGUGAGAAGCAAGCUUCAUCAAUCCAGUGAGAACUUGAGAAAGUCAACGGAAAAUUUGGCACUUUUGAAAAAUCUGGAAGAAGCAUCGAAUCAUUCGACUCCGAAAGCAAGAACACGAAGUAGUAGCAAUUUGAGAAACGCCGACAAUCUCGGAAAUAUGGAAUCAUUUGGUACAUUUGAUGCUGAUUCAAGGAUGAAAUCAGGAUCAACAAGCUCACUUGCUCACUCUCGAAUGAUGGCUCGAAGUAUUGGAAAUUUGAAUGACAGUCUAGCAAUGGAAGGAUCGAAUAAUUAUGAUUCACCAAGUCAGCGGCUAGCCAACACAAUACAAAUGAUGAGAAAAGCUAGUAAUCCAGAUCUCACCGCUCCUGAACAAUUUGAAGAUACUGGAAGCCCAUUUGCACAGAGAAUGGCUCGUGGAGCCGUACAAAAGAAAAUGGAAAGAUAUCGAGCAAAGAAUAAGAGUGGAAAUGUUGUUGGAAGAAAUCAAACAUCGGAAGAAAGUGAUUCAAAUAAUUCGGAUAUGAUGCCAUUAAGUAUUAAUAAAAGAGCUUUGACUGCUGGAAAUCGGUCAACAACUGGAUCAGAUUUCUCUCCAGCUUCAUCAAGAGGAUCUUCCUCCCUUGCAAUGGGUAGUGGACCAAUCGGUAGUGGUCUUCCAUCGAGCCGUCGUCUUUACGAUCAACAGAGAAGUGUUCUUUCUUCAUCUGGUACCCCAAGAAGAACUGGAAAUAAUUAUUUGGUUACCAAGAUGAGUGAACAAAUGAAUAAAUCAAUGGAAGGUCCUGAUCUUGGAAGUGAUGAAUCUCCACGUAGUUCUGUUAAUUCUCACGAGUGGCAGAAUCUCAUGGAGAAUUCCCAAGAUGGUACCAAAAAUCCACUGAUUUGCCACGUUCAAGACUGCAUGGAACAACUGCGAAUUCAUGUCGAUAAGAGUCUUCAAGCUAAGAAACUGGUGGAAGACGAUACUUCUCUGGCUAUGGAACAGAAAAAGAUAGUUAUGUGUGAAAUUGACCGUUCAAUUGAACGAUUGAUUGAAAAAUUAGCCCCAAAUCAAUUAUCAAGGUCAAAUGACAGAAGCAAUGGAAACGUGUCAGUUGGCAAUGACUAUACUCCAAAAGGCGCGAAUAUUUACGGAAUCCUCAAAGAGAACCUCUCAUCCAGACAGUGAAAACACUGUGAUCCUCCAAUUAUAAAAUCUGUGAUAGAAAACAUAUUUGUUAAUAUUAGUUUGAAUAACCAUAAAUAUUCUGAAAUAGAAACGAACGAAAACAUCGAAAUGAUAUCAAACCUGUAUUAAAUGCCCCAUCUUUUAUCCGGUUCACCCCUUCUCCCUUCCGCUCAUUUUUUGAUUGCUCCCUUUUUUUUUAAAUAGAAACAUUUGAAAUGCCUUCCCUUGUUCACUUUUUAUAUCACUCAUGACGAUGCCUUCAUUUUGCUUGACUUGUGUUUUACAACUGUAUUUUAUUAAAUUGAUGAAUAAUUCAGAAAAAUCGAAAAAACAAGUAAACAAUUAAAACCCUGAA